UCGUUCCGUUCGGGGGAGGAGGUGCGAGAGCGGAGCGAAGAGUGGAAUUGUUUGACAGCGAAUGGAGGGGGUGGAAGAAGAAGGCGCUCGGCAUCUUGUUUAAGUGACUUGAGCUGAUCGUCACGGGGACUGGCGUGACGUCAGAGAGCGGUGCUCGCGGGGCUUUUGUAGCGAGCGAGCGAGCGGUACAGCAACAGGGUAGAACAGUAUCAUGUCAGGGAGCGCCGGAGCCUCGCGCACGAGGAGGAGGAGCAGGAGGCAGCAGCGCUAGUGCUCGUACCGCGCGGCGCGAGGGGGAGCGCGUUCACGAGACGCAAUGUAAGCAGCGUGGUGGAAACGGCGCGGCGAGAAAAAAUGGGAACAAUGUAGCAAAUAAUAGCCGGUGUCAGUCAGUGCAGCGAUAAUGGAUUCGGGUGAAUGAAAAUGUUUCGGAGGUCGGAAUGAAACACAUGUAAGAUCCAGCAGGGCUGAGUGAGAGAAACGCCAUCGGUCGGAGUGAGACUGAGAGACCAGAGCUGCUGCUGCUUCUUCUUCAGGAUCCACAUUCAGAACCCACGCAGGACGUGUGGGGGUAACUGCAGCAUGUGGAGAAGGAGACUCACAUGUCUGUUUGGUGGGGAGGAGAAGCGGGUGGACAGCAGGACCAUCCACGCGGGACGCGGAUCGAGCCCCGUCGCGGACGCCUUCCCGCAGCAGAAGUUCUGCGACAACCGCAUCGUGUCGUCCAAGUACACAAUCUGGAACUUUCUACCCAAGAAUCUGUUCGAACAGUUUAGAAGAAUUGCCAACUUUUACUUCCUCAUCAUCUUCCUGGUCCAGGUGAUAGUGGACACACCCACCAGCCCAGUCACCAGUGGUUUGCCCUUGUUUUUUGUCAUCACAGUGACCGCUAUUAAACAGGGCUACGAGGACUGGCUACGGCACAAGGCAGACAACGAGGUGAACAAGUACCCCGUCACGGUGUUGGAGGACGGCAAGAGAGUCGGCAAGGAGAGCGAGAAGAUUAAGGUGGGUGAUGUGGUGGAGGUGUUGGAAGAUGAGACCUUCCCAUGCGACCUCGUCCUGCUGCAGUCCAGCCGAGACGACGACACCUGCUUCGUCACCACGGCCAGCCUGGACGGCGAGUCCAACCACAAGACACACUACACAGUGCCUGACACGGUGAAGGAUGUGGAAUCACUACACGCAACCAUUGAAUGUGAACAGCCCCAGCCUGACCUCUACAAGUUCGUGGGCCGCAUGCACAUCCGCAGGGACGGCCAGGAGACGGCUGUACGGUCUUUAGGUCCAGAAAACCUGCUGUUGAAAGGCGCCACUUUGAAAAAUACAAAGAAGAUAUAUGGAGUGGCUGUUUACACUGGGAUGGAGACUAAGAUGGCCCUGAACUACCAGGGAAAAUCCCAGAAGCGUUCAGUUGUUGAGAAAUCGAUCAACGCCUUCCUCAUCGUGUACCUGUGCCUGCUGGUGAGCAAGGCUUUCGUGUGCACCACUCUGAAAUACGUGUGGCAGAACCAGCACGGCCAGGACGAACCCUGGUACAACCCCAAGACCCAGCAGGAGAGGGACACCAACCUGUACCUGAAGAUGUUCACGGACUUCCUGUCCUUCAUGGUGCUGUUCAACUUCAUCAUCCCGGUUUCCAUGUAUGUCACCGUGGAGAUGCAGAAGUUCCUAGGCUCCUUCUUCAUCACCUGGGACAAAGACUUUUUUGACCCAGAGGUCCAAGAAGGGGCCUUGGUGAACACCUCAGAUCUCAAUGAGGAGCUCGGCCAAGUGGAAUACAUUUUCACAGACAAGACGGGCACCUUAACUGAGAAUAACAUGGAAUUCAUAGAGUGCUGCAUCGAUGGCUUCCAAUACAAGAACCACAAAUUUCUGACAGAAACAGAUGGUCUCUGUGAGACCGAUGGGCCCAUAACCAUCACCCUGAACAAGGCACCAGAGGAGUUGGAGGAACUCUUCUUGCGGGCCCUCUGCCUGUGUCAUACGGUGCAGGUGAAGGAGUCCCAGCCAGUGGAUGAAAUUGAUGGCGUGGUCCUGGACCAGGUUGAUGGUUUUUCCCCCAGCCCUGAGGAUCAGUGUGCCUUCAUUGCCUCGUCUCCUGAUGAGGUGGCUCUGGUGAAAGGUGCCAUGACGCAUGGCUUCACUUUCAUCGGUUCUGAUAGUAAAAGCAUGAAGAUACGGAACAGAGAUAACAGAGUUGAAGUAUACGAGCUUCUGCAUGUUCUGAAUUUUGACCCGGUGCGACGUCGCAUGAGCGUCAUUGUAAAGUCUGAAUCAGGGGAAGUGCUCCUCUUCUGCAAGGGGGCCGACUCUUCCAUCUUCCCUCGGGUGAGAAAGGAGGAAGUGGACAGAAUACGGGUUCACGUGGAACGCGAUGCAAAGGAGGGCUACCGGACGCUCUGCGUGGCCUACAAGAGACUCGGCAACGAGGAUUUUGCACGGGUGGACGCAGAGCUAAGGGAAGCGCGCCUGUCCCUGCAUGACCGGGAGGAAAAGCUCAUGGCCGUCUACAACCAAGUGGAGACAGACAUGAUCCUGAUUGGUGCUACAGCUGUCGAGGACAGGCUGCAGGACCGGGCGGCCGAGACUAUGGAGGCCCUGCAAGGAGCCGGAAUGAAGGUGUGGGUGCUCACGGGCGACAAGAUGGAGACAGCCAAGUCAACGUGCUACGCCUGCCGCCUCUUCCAGCGUGGCACGGAGCUCCUGGAGCUCACGGUGGGAGCGCUGGGCGAGGGCGAGGGCAAGCGAGAGGAACGUCUGUUGGAACUGCUGCUGGAAUACCACAAGAGAGUGGUGCAUGACACCCCCCCCAGCAAGACGGGACUCCACAGGACCUGGUCUUCACCUGGCCAGGACUAUGGUCUCAUUGUGGAUGGGGCCACGCUGUCUCUGCUGCUCAAUGCCUCACCUGAUGGAACCGGCAGCCACUACAAGAACUUGUUCCUCAAGAUUUGCCAAAGCUGCACCUCUGUGCUCUGCUGUCGGAUGGCGCCGCUGCAAAAAGCCCAGAUUGUGAGGAUGGUGAAGAGCUCCAAAGGCAGCCCGAUCACGCUGUCGGUCGGAGACGGGGCCAACGAUGUGAGCAUGAUCCUGGAAGCCCAUGUGGGCAUCGGCAUUAAGGGAAAGGAGGGGAGGCAGGCGGUACGGAACAGCGACUAUGCCAUCCCCAAGCUGAAACAUCUGAAGAAGCUGCUGCUGGUCCAUGGGCAUCUGUACUAUGUGCGCAUCGCCCACCUGGUGCAGUACUUCUUCUACAAGAAUCUUUGCUUUAUCUUACCUCAGUUCCUGUACCAGUUCUACUGUGGAUAUUCCCAGCUGCCCCUCUACGACGCAGCCUAUUUGACGAUGUACAACAUCUGCUUCACCUCCAUGCCCAUCCUGGCCUACAGCCUGUUUGAGCAGCACAUAAGCAUCGACACCCUUCUCGACCACGCUGCUUUAUACAGGGAGGUGGCCAAGAAUGCCAUGCUGCGAUGGGGCCCCUUCUUCUACUGGACCAUGCUGGGGGUCUUCCAUGGCUUGCUCUUCUUUUUUGGGGUCUACUGUGUCUUCAGCAACCCUGCACUGCUUCCCAGUGGCCAGGUGUUUGGAAAUUGGACCUUUGGAACAAUUGUUUUUACAAUCCUUGUUUUCACCGUUACCAUAAAGCUUGCCCUGGAUACACGGCACUGGACCUGGAUAAACCACUUUGUCAUCUGGGGCUCUUUGGCCUUUUACAUACUGUUUAGUUUUUUCUGGGGUGGAAUAACAUGGCCCUUCCUUGAGCAGCAGCGGCUUUACUUCGUGUUCAUCAACAUGCUGAGCUCCAUGUCAGCAUGGCUGGCCAUCAUGUUGCUCAUCGUGCUCAGCCUGCUGCCCGAUGUUCUGUUGGUGGCACUGCGACGGCCUCGAGGCCGCAACACGCGACAGAUCGCUGCUGUCACACCGCUGUCAUACAAGCACUUGAAGGAACGGGAGUGGUGAAGACUGCACGACGCGUCUCGGAAAAGCCUCCACCUCUCCCGUAGGACCCCACAUCCUCGGUGCUGCCUGUCUGCAUUGCUGCCUAUCUUUUGUUUCCAUUAUAAGCAUUUUUUUUCUCCCUUUUUUCCUUACAAAGGACACUGUGUGACUCCACUGCAGUGUUCGCUUUGCUGACACUGUUAUUUCAUCUCCGAGCUUUGCCGGUUUGUUUCAGUUCCAAAGUGAGAGCGCCGCUCUCUGGAAUGUGCCUUUUUUCCGUUUAUUUUAUGCAAAUGAGGCCGACAGACCCGCACGGACACCGGCUGAUAGCCGCAUUGUUUACACACGGACCCGCGUAGCCUGCACGAAGGGAAACUCUGCGGCUGUCAUGUACAGCUGUAGUUGAAGGAUUCGAAAGAGAACUUUUUUUUUAUUUUCCCUCCCAUUUUCAGAGCCAACAGCAGCUAUUUGUUCAUCUGUGAGGAGAACAAGCAGCGCUCAAACCUGCCGCAGGUGUCGCUGCGAUUCUACGACCCCAGGAUCAGUCUGUCUUUGUCAGGCACAUUGGCACUGGAGACAUGAUGAUGAUGAUGAUGAUGAUGCUUCUUGAUCUUUGCGGUUAAAAAGCCUGCUGCUUCGGCAGCGGAACGCACAGACACCCUCAAGUCCCCUUCACACGCGCUUGUGACUCUUGCACUGAAUUUCGUGAUUGUUCAAUACCAGACCAGCUAAACUUCUGUUCCCUACUGUCAUCAUUUUCUCAUUUCCUUUUCUUUGGGGUUUGUUUGCACAUGAAGUACAUUGACCAUUCCAUUUUGGGCAGGCAGUUGUUGAAAAAAACCUAUGAAUAUGGUUGUUUUUUUUUUUAUUUUUUUAUAUAUCUUCCCUCCUUUCCUUUUCAAAUUUAUGCCAAAAACCUUGUCAGGAAGAUUGAAGGCCAGUGAAUGAAAAUGCGGAUUCCGCCAAAGUACUGUGUGUGUGUGUGUGUGUGUGUGUGUGUGUGUGUGUGUGUGUGUGUGUGUGUGAGAGAGAAUUUCUAAUGGGAAAAGAUAUAUUAACCAUGCAAGUAAAGGUCUGAGCUGAAUUCAUGUAACCUGUGUACGUUGGGACGUAGUAGCCAAUGAAACCCUACCCUUCCUGUGUUUUUGCAAAAUCCUUGUUGUCAUCCAUGAUUCUCGAGUUUCAGCACCUAUCUUCCACUUUCUUCCCUUCCAGUGUUAUUGCUGAACUGUACGUACGUAUGCAUUCGUGACCAGUACGCUAUCUGUAAAGCAUUGCUGCCUCUUCAUCUAAUUCUGUUAAAUGUUGCGGCUCAAGGCCGCUGCGGAGCGGUGCAUUGUGGGCCGCGGCAUCCGACCUCGUGUCCGCCUCCUUAUCGGUACCUCCUACGCCCGACCCGAUUCCUUCCGUUGCCCCUGCCUCGUGCUGUACGAUUACCGAUAGUGAGGUGGGUCCAUACGUUUCUGCCAGUCUGCCACAUAAUAAAAGCUUCACACAUUCCAUUUCUACAUGCCAUUCAGUGGGAUCCCUUUGGAUAUUUUGGAAUGCAUUCAAAUUUUUUAAACUUGUAUGUCUUUGAAAUAUUUCUGUGAUUUUACCUGCAGAUGUUAUAUUUUUACUCCCUUUUUAAUGACGGGAAUGAGCUGUCAGUUCUGUUGCUGAAUUAUGAUGAGAAUGAGCGAUGGGUUUGCUUGUUAAAUUGGCCUGGUUGGAACGAGUAGGUAUGGCUUCCUGUUCCUGCCGAGUAGUGCGCCGGCCCCUGCCUUCUGUGGACCGGAUGGUAAGCGGGCCUUGCUGACCGGGCAUGGAUGCUGUUGCGUUUAUGACCAAGGUCCGCCCUCACUCACCUGAGAUUGGGAGCGGACUUGUGAUCUCACAUACCCGGUAGACGUGAGCUGAUGUUCCCAACUGGGUCCUACGUUGCCCUGGUCUUGAGAGAACGUUUUCCUGGAAACAUUUCCGCUGCACUAACUGUCACCAGCAGAUUUACAGGCCAUUUGCCUUCUCUUCCAGUUAUCAAGGCACCUU